UAUCAGCCAGUGGAACUGACCUGGUCUUUGCUGAUGACUUCUAGCACACUAUUGUUUAAAGGGUGCCUGUCUGGAGGGUGGAUGCCUGAGAGUGGAGGAUAAAGUACAAGUGUCUGGGACCAGUGGAAUGGAGGCCUGAUGUAGAUGGAAAGAUGGAUGCAGAAGAAGCUCUGAACUCUAUUAUGAAGGAUUUGGCAGCGUUGGGCAAAUGCGGCGGGCUCCUGGACAACAACAGGAAUAAAAACAGUGUCCACUCCGGCAAACAGCAGCGAAAUGUCAGGAUCAAGUUUGAAUAUGAGGGAGAGAAAAGGAUUAUCCAGUUUCCAAGAACAGUCAAAUUCAAAGAAGUGGUACAGAAAGUCACGGAUGCUUUUGGACAGACGAUGGACUUGGUCUGUGUGAACAAUGAGCUCCUGAUCCCACUGAAGUCCCAGGAAGAUUUGGACAAAGCGAUGGAACACUUGGAGCUAAGCCCUUCCCUGAAGAGCCUGCGGAUCCUUGUGAGCGCUCCAAAGAAAGCAAAUCUCCUGCAGCCGAACAACAGUAAACAGCACGAAAUGAGAAUCUCCAGAUCCAUGGGCGAUAUCAUGGGAUCCCUGUACAAAGACUCCGAGAGGACGCGGAAGUAUUCCACAGGCUCUCUGCACACUGGCCGGAGCUCUCCACCCCCGGGGAGCGUUCCCGAAGAGCAGCAGCAGAUCGCUCGCCAGGGAUCCUACACCAGCAUCAACAGCGAGGGCGAGUUCAUCCCCGAGACCAUGGAUCAGAACAUGCUCGAAGCUUUCAUCAGCCCUGACGAGUCCCUGUCCGGGAGCUGCCAGUCGCUGGACAGACCUGUGGACAGCCCUCCCUUCACGCAAACCCCUGUUCCUGGAAGGAAGAGCCAUCCCAAGGACGGUCUCGAUUGCAUGGAUUUCGACAUCCCGUUCUGUGAGAGGUUUGGGAAAGGCGGGACCUUCCCUCGGCAAUACCACCUCUCCCAAAGUCGCAAGGACUACAGCGAUGGUAAGAAAAUACAGACUUCAAAGCUUUUCCCACAGGAGAACCUGUUUCAGCUUGUCCCUUCUAGCCGAACCAAAAGCUUUAAUGGGGACAGCAAACUCAGCACCUUGCAGUACGACGAGUACAGACCCAAAUGGUGGAAUAAUUGUGAAAAAGGUCUGCAGGUCUUCAGCACUUCUCCUACUAAAGCUAGGAACUCUCUACAGGCGCCUGUGAAUUGGAGGCUGGGGAAGCUGCUUGGAAGAGGAGCUUUUGGGGAAGUUUAUCUCUGCUACGAUGCUGACACUGGCCGCGAGCUGUCAGUGAAGCAGGUGCCUUUUGACCCCGACAGUCAAGAGACGAGUAAAGAGGUAAAUGCCUUAGAAUGUGAGAUUCAGCUGUUGAAGACUCUCCGGCACGACAGGAUAGUGCAGUACUACGGGUGCUUGCGGGACCCUGAGGAGAGGAAGCUGUCUAUCUUUGUGGAAUACAUGCCAGGGGGUUCAAUAAAGGACCAGCUAAAAGCUUACGGUGCUCUGACCGAGAACGUCACCCGCAAGUACACCAGGCAGAUCCUGCAGGGAGUCUUCUACUUACACAGCAAUAUGAUUGUCCACAGGGACAUUAAAGGUGCCAAUAUUUUGAGAGAUUCUGCUGGAAAUGUGAAACUAGGAGAUUUUGGAGCCAGCAAACGCAUCCAGACCAUCUGCAUGUCUGGGACUGGGAUUAAAUCUGUCACGGGAACACCAUACUGGAUGAGCCCGGAGGUUAUCAGUGGAGAAGGCUAUGGACGGAAAGCUGAUGUGUGGAGCGUGGCCUGUACCGUGGUGGAGAUGUUAACGGAAAAGCCGCCAUGGGCAGAGUUUGAAGCCAUGGCGGCUAUUUUUAAAAUCGCUACCCAGCCGACCAACCCCCAGCUCCCCGACGGCGUCUCGAACUCCUGCCGCAACUUUCUCAAGCAGAUCUUUGUGGAGGAGAAGCGGAGGCCCACGGCCGAAGACCUGCUGAGACACCCCUUCGUCAACUGUGGGCUCUAAACCCCUGGCAGCGGGGAUGGGGAAACGCCGGUGGGAGGGGGCGGCCACCAGACCCACAGCCCUUUGCACCCUGAGGAUCAGACCUCAGCCCUGGGCUGUUCCUCGUGGCAGCCCUGCAGGUCCCAUCUUGCCUCGUCGUCCGCUCAGCGGCCGCUGCGCUGUUUGAUUUCGAAGCUGCGCUCAGGACCAUCGGAGCCUGGAGAUGGUGGCCACCACUGGCUGCCGGGGAUUCAUAACGAGGGAGUUCCCUGACACCCCAUCUGUGCGGGUGCUGGCCUCAGACCAAGUAACCUUGCUGUCAAUGGGUGUUGGGAGGUUCCCCGCUUGCCAUGUUACUUAUCCCACAGGAAAGUGAGGCAAAUGGGAUGCGUCACCUCCAGCACGACAGCGAUGCUGGUAGCAUCCCCAGGACCAGUGGAGGAGAAAGAUGCUCAGUGGUGACCACUGCCUUUCGCCAAGGAAUGGACACAGGCGUCAGCCACGGUGGAGGAGAUAAUCCUCAGACCACGGAGUUGGGGGGAUGUUCCCCAUUCGGAAGGGGAAGGGAACCCUUCUCCUGGAGGUAGCAAGAAGUCGACGGACCAGCCAGCAUCUCCAGAGGGGCUACACUUAAUAUUGUUCUGUGCCUUAAGCGGUUACAAUCAAGGAGUGAUGCUCGACUCGGCACAAAGUAUGGAGUCGGGCGCAAUUAUGCAGCAGCUGAGUUGACUUUGCCUCUGUGCGUGUGUGUAUGUGCGUGUGUGUGUGUGUGUGUGUGUGUGUAUGUGCAACAGCCUGAAAGAGGGGUUCUUCUCAGGAUGUGGGAAGUCUCUGUAGGGUACGCCUGUUGAUGGUUCCUGAGGACCUCUGGUGUGCGGUGGGUAAGGAUGCUUAAAUGAUGUUGAUGCCAGCGCCGCGCAGAGCUGAGCACAAGCUAAUUCUUCAUCCUUUCCCCACUGAAACCGCGAGAGUUUUGGCAGGAGCUGGAGGGGGUCUUUAUGAGGGCGACUCCGUGCUCGUCAUGCUCGCGCUGAUAACCUGCGCCCGGUUCUGCUGCGCUGCUAACUCGGGGCUGGCGCUGAGCUGCCGCCCUUCGGGAACGGGGCCGCGGGAGGAGCGUAGCCGGGCCAGGGCCAUGCACCGGUCCCCAUCAGGGUGAAGCCUCCAAACGGCACAUCGGAGACGCCUAGAUUGAGGGCACGUUUCUCCAGCAACGUGCUUACAGUUGCCCCCGUUUUAUACAGCGGGGAACCGGGAAAGGCCAAAGCGCGGUCGGGCUGCGGCGUCCUUUGCCCAGCGUGAACCCGCCGGCAAACCUGGCGGCAAGCAGAGAGUCCCUGGAAGCCACUUGCUUCAUUAGCUAUUGCUCAUUUGGGGCAAAUUACUUGCACCGUCCCGCCUCCUGCUUCCUCGCUGCCUAUCGCCGUGCCCACGCGGCUCGACGAAGGGUAAAAAAGCGCUUACCGGGGUGUUGCCGGCUUCGGGCCGGCGCGUCAAACGCAGGUUUAUUUUUUCCAUAGAAGAUGGAAAGCGUCGCUGGGAGCGAAGGGGAAACGGAGAACGUGGCUCUUGGUGUGGUUUUGCACAUCCUCGAAUUCUUCCGUGCGGAAGAGAUGGGGCCUUCGGGCCGGCGGUGAAACGGCGGGAGCGUUUCCUCGUCCAGACCCGCGCGGCUCCGAGAGCGAAAAAGGAGCAAAGGCUCCGGACGCGGGUCAAUGGGAGUUAUUUCAGUUAAAACCCAAAUCCUGGUGGUGGUAGGUAGAGGGGGAAACCUUCUCCUCGGGAGGCCUUCCAGGAGGAAAUACAGAAUUUUAUCCUGUAAAGAGGACCAAAUCCAUCAGCCUGCCCAAAUCUAGGGGGACGGAUAGAGAGAGAGC